CUCAAAAUUUUCUCACCACAUUUUCCGAAGAAAACAAGAAAAAAGAAAAACCAAACCAAAACAACAAUGUCUGGAGGUGUCGGUCCAACGUACAACGACAUAACCUUACCAAAAGAAGAAGAAGAACAACAUCAACAAACCCAAACACCAUCCACCGGAAAAACCACCGGAUUCUUCUCAUUCCGGCAACUAAACAUCCUCGCAAUAGUCAUCGUUCUCUCCGCAAGUGGUCUCGUAACGAUCCAAGACUUCAUAUUCACGAUCCUCACUCUCAUCUACUUCUUCUUCCUCUCUAAACUCAUCUUCCCACCGCACAACAACCCGAGCCGCGACGCUCCUCUCAACGUUUCCGUUGUAGUUCNGAUCUUCCGUGUCUACGUAACGUCGGCGGGGAUCGUCGGGCUUUUGAUCCCGAUCUGUUACAUCUUCGAAGGAAUGUUCGAGGAUGAUAAGAGCGGUGUGAGCGCAGCUGCACCGCACGUGUUUCUUUUGGCGAGUCAGGUUUUUAUGGAAGGGUUGGCUGCCUCGUGUGGGUUCUCUGCUCCGGCGAGGAUCCUUGUUCCUAUUGUUUAUAACGCUAGGAGGGUUUUGACUCUUGUCGAGUGGAUUUUUAGUGAGUUCUCCAGGGAGUAUGUGAACGGGACGACGGUGUCUCCACGGCGGAUGUAUGCCGGAAAAGUUUUGGCGGCGGUGAAUUUGGGGAUUUGGUCGUUUAAUCUCUUUGGUGUUUUGAUUCCGGUUUACUUACCCAAAGCUUUUAAGAGGUACUACGGUUCUGAGAAGGAGAACUGACAAAACCCGGUUUAGUUUCGGUUCUAAUCAGAAGAAUUGAAACCCGGUUUAGUUCCUUCUUUUAGUUCUCCAUCACUUUCCCAGCUCUUGUUCUCUUUUUGUUUAAUCGGUCCGGUUUGGUUUUAGGAUUAAUCGUGAUCUGGAUGUAUUUUUCUUCUUUGUUCUGUAUACUAUUUUGAUGUUUUUUCUUUGAACAAGGUUCAUGUAGCUCUCAGUUCAUUAGAUUAAUAAUAACCAAAUCUAUGUUUCAAGAUUGA